GUGGCCGGGGGCGCUUCUGCCCGGCGCGAUGGCGGCGGCGCGGGCUGCUGCGCGGGCAGCGGGGCUGGUGCUGCUCUACUACGGCUUUUCCAUCGGCAUCACCUUCUACAACAAGUGGCUCAUGCAGAGCUUCGCCUUCCCGCUGUUCAUGACGCUGCUGCAUCUGCUGGUCAUCUUCGCGCUCUCGGGGCUGGCCAGGCGCUGCUCCCGCCGCUGCAGCGCCGCCACCUCGGCCACCGCGGGGCGCGCCCUCCUGCCCUGGCCCGCCUACCUGCGCCAGGUGGCCCCGACAGCGCUGUCCACCGCCCUGGACGUGGGGCUGAGCAACUGGAGCUUCCUCUACAUCACCGUCUCCCUCUACACCAUGACCAAGUCCUCGGCUGUCCUCUUCAUCCUCCUCUUCUCGCUGAUCUUCAAGCUGGAGGAACCGAGAGCCGCCCUGGUGCUGGUGGUCCUGCUCAUCUCCGUGGGGCUCUUCUUGUUCACCUACAAGUCCACCCAGUUUGACACCGAAGGCUUCGUAAUGGUGCUGGGCGCUUCCUUCCUGGGGGGCAUUCGCUGGACACGGACCCAGAUCCUCCUGCAAAAGGACGAGCUGGGACUCCAGAACCCCAUUGACACCAUGUUCCACCUGCAGCCGGCCAUGUUCCUGAGCCUCUUCCCCCUCUUUGCCGUGUUUGAAGGUCUGCCCUUGUCUGCGUCGGAGAAGCUCUUCCGUUUCCAGGAGGUGCACCUGCUGGUGGAUCUGCUGGGGAAGCUGGUCCUGGGGGGGCUGCUGGCCUUCGGGCUGGGCUUCUCCGAGUUUCUCUUGGUCUCCAGGACCUCCAGCCUCACCUUCUCCAUAUCGGGGAUCUUCAAGGAGGUCUGCACCCUGUUCCUGGCCGCUCACCUGAUGGGAGACCAGCUGACGCCGCUGAACUGGCUGGGCUUUGCCGUCUGCUUGCUGGGCAUCUCUCUGCACGUGGCCCUGAAGGCCCUCAGGGGGCCAAAGGGAACGAAGCACCCCGAGGCACCUGGCUCCCCUGCAGACCUGGAGCUCUUGCUGCUGCCGAACUCCCAGGAGGAGGAGGAGGCCCCCCUGCGCUGAUCCCCCCCCGUUGGCAAGCUGGAGGGCGCCUGCUCUGUGGUGUGUGUGGAUUGCGGGCUUCCUAGGGUGGAGCAGAGAUGCUCAGCUUGGGGAAGGGGGAGGGCAGCUAGCAGGGCUGCUUCUGCCCCCCCUCCCUGGGCUGAGAGGGCACCCUCUUUGGGCUUGCCGGGGCCUUGUGCCCCAGACUGGCUGGGCCAGAAGCCGAGAGCCGGGGCCUGCGGAGGCUGCAGCCGCCUGCAGUGGGCCCGCCUUGCUGCCUGGCCCCUCAGAAGCGCCUGCAGAUGGCCAGGGUGGCUGCUCAGGAGGAGGUUUGGGCCCUGCGGUGGAGAGGUGUGGCAGGUCAGAAGAGCCCCAGAGGAGGACGGCCUCCCUUUUCCCCCAUGCCCCCCCUCGGGGCAGGAGUUGCUCUGCCCGUGUCCAGGAGGGCACCUGCAGCAAGAUGCUCCUGAGCGUUCAGGAGGAGGAAGAGGAGGACUCGGAAUGGAAAGGGGAGCCAGGUGGCCGAGCCUGGGUGCAGGGAAGAGCCCCCCCGGAACGUCAGCCAGAUGCUUACUUCAGGGUGGGCUAGAUGAAAGCGCCCACCCGAGUCAGGAAGCAAGGCAGGUGGAGGUGGGUGAAAGGCAGGGCCCCGAUGGGCACGCAGCGAUCACGGGGCCAAAAGAAUGGAGGAGCCCCAGAGCAGAGCAAGGGGGAGGCUCGUAAAGAGCAAAGGCUGCAUCCCAAAGGUGCUUUUUUCAGGAGGCAACUGGGCUUCUUUUGUUUUUCUUUGAAGACGUUUCGCUUCUUAUCCCAGAAGCUUCUUCAGCUCUGACUGGGUGGUGGGGAAGGGUUUAUACUCCUUCCAGACAGCUGGUCAUUUGCCUUCUUUUAGAUAAGAGCCAUUGAGGCCACUUGGAGGUUUACCUGUGUCCUCAGGGUCACCUGAGUAGUGCAAAUGGGAGCGGGUCCUUCCUGGAACUGCUGACAGGACUGUCUUGUGGACCAUUUGCACUACAACGCAGGAGCAAGGAGGGAGAGGAGCAGGUGGAAAAAGUUAAACUGCAACUAUCUGUUCCAGUGCCCACCAAAAUGAGAACUGGGUUUCCCCUCGUCCCCAAAUAAACCACGUUUGCUGUACUGGGGCACUCUUGGGGCACCCAAAUGGCUGAGGGGCAAGUGGGGGGACUGGAAAGCGGAGGAUGGGAAACCAGGGUGCUCUCUUGGGCGCUUCUGGGGGGCUGCCAGGAAGUCAGGGCAUUGUCACUUCAGGUGUCCAGUUUGCCCCAGUAAAAGCCCAGCAGGGUUCCAGGGCCACCAGUGUCACCAUCUCCUGCUGUGGGGCGAGGCUGGUCCAAGUGCUCCGCAUGUGCCCAGGCAGCCAGGGUCAGGCCCAGUGGCAGUGUUCUGACCCAGAACAGGCAGAACUGCCUGACACGAGCCGCAGCCUCCAGCAAUUCCACUUCUCUGGGGGUGAUGGAAGUUUUUCUAAUUCCUUCCUACCAAUUUCUUUUCAAUUCAUCCACAGCAGUUCUGCUCAGGACUGCCGGCAAAGUGCCACUGAUAUUAAAUAUCAAAUUGAUAUUUAAAUUAAAUAUUUAAAUUGAUUGAUGUUA